GUGCUGCGCACAGGAGAGCGAGACAGUCGACCGCCAUAGUCUCAACUUCUACACCAGAACUACAAAACGCUCUUAUAUUUCACAUUUGAAAAUGUUCAUCGGCUCUGCUUUGUGCUUAGAUCGGUCCAGCCUACACAAAUCCGCUUCAUCCGCGUAGAGAGAACGAAAGAGCGAUUAUUUCCAAAAUUCCCUGCUGCGGAGAUAUGUGCAAGAGGAGGCGAUCGGAACAGUGUACGGACUGCCUUCGUCCGCAGAGGAAAAGCGUGGAAUAAACACGAAUUAAUGUGGAAUUUAUUGGAGCCCAAAGCUGGAAGGAAGACUGGACACAGCGCUUCCUUAUCAGGGACUGACUGACCAUGGUCGCGGUGUUUCGUUCUCUCAUGGUACUGCUGCUGGCACAGGUGUUGCUUGGAGGUGCUGCGGGACUUAUUCCCGAGGUCGGCCGGAGGAAGUACAGCGAGUCAGGGAAGCAAAGUCCUGAGCAGUCUGAGAACUUUCUUAACGAGUUCGAGCUUCGGCUCCUCAAUAUGUUCGGACUUAAACGGAGGCCAAACCCCAGCAGACAGGCUGUGGUGCCUCAGUACAUGGUGGACUUAUACCGUAUGCACUCUGUGAAUGGAGACCACAGCACUAAAAGGCCCCGGAGCAUGGGGAGACACGCAGAGAGAGCCGCCAGCAUGGCCAACACGAUUAGAAGCUUUCACCAUGAAGAGUCCAUGGAGGCUCUGGCUAGUCUGAAGGGCAGAACCACCCAGCAGUUCUUCUUCAAUCUCACCUCCAUCCCUGGGGAGGAGCUCAUCUCCUCUGCAGAGCUCCGGGUGUACAGGGACCAGGUACUGGGGGCCACAGAAGCUCCGGCCAGUAACAACACCAGCAACAGCUCAAGCACCGGCGCUGCUGGCUUCCAUCGCAUCAACGUGUACGAGGUGUUCGGAGCCCCGGCCUCUCCCUGCGGGGAACCCCUGACUCGGCUCCUGGACACAAGGCUGGUACAGGACUCUCUGAGCCGCUGGGAGAGCUUCGACGUCAGCCCCGCCGUGUCCCAGUGGGCCUCCGGGGGACACCACAACCACGGCUUCAUGGUGGAGGUGCUCCACCCUGACACCCAGGAGGGCGAGGACGCCCAGAGACAGAGCAGGCACGUCCGGGUGAGCCGUUCCCUCCACCAGGACGAGGACUCAUGGCCCCAGGCUCGCCCCCUGCUGGUGACCUAUAGUCACGACGGGCGAGGUAACGCCGUGCUGCACAGGGACAAGAGGCAGGUGGCAGGCCACAGGAAGCAGAGGAGGAAGCACCAACACAAAGCCAACUGCCGCCGGCACGCCCUCUACGUGGACUUCAGCGACGUGGGCUGGAACGAGUGGAUCGUGGCUCCCCCUGGGUACCACGCCUUCUACUGCCACGGGGAGUGCCCCUUUCCAUUGGCCGAUCACCUGAACUCGACCAACCACGCCAUCGUUCAGACGCUGGUCAACUCUGUGAAUCCGAACAUCCCCCGGGCGUGUUGCGUUCCCACAGAGCUCAGCCCUAUUUCUCUGCUCUACCUGGACGAGUAUGAGAAGGUCAUUCUAAAGAACUACCAGGAUAUGGUGGUAGAAGGGUGUGGCUGCAGAUGAGUGAGCGAGAGAGAGGGAGAGAGACAGAAAUGUAAGGAAGGGUGGAGGGAUGGAGGGACUAAGAAAGACUGCGAGCUGAAAUGGACACCUGGUUUCCCAAUGAAGACCUUUUAUUUAUAUGGAAAAAAAAACAGAGCUAUUUUGGAAGAAAAAGAAAAAAACAACUAUAUAUGAAUAUAUUUAUGUCUACUUAAAGUUGGGAAAAAAUAAAUAUUUUACUCUGAGGAAUAUUCCUUAACUGGUUUUGAACAUGUAUUUCUGAUGUACAUUUCGAAAUGGGUGCAAUACCACAUGAAGUAUAAUGCUCAGAUUUUUAUUUUGUAUUUAUUUCUAUUAUAACCACUUUAUUUUGUAAAUAAAUAAUGUGUAUUUAUCGUGAGAAAACACUUUGGCUACUCCCAUUGUCCAGACGUGUCCAGCAGACUUCACUGUGUUAAAAAAAGAAAAAACGAAGGAUGACCGGGGGUCAAAAAAGUAGCGGAACUCUGAACCACCCCCACAUAAAUUAGCCAGAGAACCCCGACAAGAUGAGGUUAAAAGCUAACGUUCUAACACUGAAUGCCUAAAUGAAGCAUUUACACCUCCUAUGAUAAACGUAACUCUAGCCUGGUGGUGUUUUGAAAGGGGCGGUGUGAGAGUGCUGUACCAGGGCCCACUGGGGCACAGCAGGGACUUGAGCAGUUCUCUCCAUACAGAUGUUAUAAGGUCUCUAGGGAGGACUAGGAAAACACUGCGAGAUGUUUUCCUCCAGUACACGGCGUUUGCACAGAUCCCUGGGAACGAAAGCUGAGGUAAAAGUUAACCCCGGUGAAAAGUUCAUUUUGUCAACUUAAAAGGGAAUGGGGAAGGGGGGGGGGUGACACAACACAACAACCCGAGUUCUCUGUGUGUGUGUGUGGGGGAGGUUUAAAGACUGUCGUGCGUUUGUUUACGAUCUGAUUUGAGAUGAGACAGGCAGACAAUGGGCUCUCAGCGAGACACAACGUCUACAGUUGCUUUAAUUAAUAAAGACAAACACAAACACACACCUGUGUACCUGUUCAGUGUUCACAUGCUCAGACACAUU